CAAAGCUCUAGGAGCGGGGUGAGGCGAUAGGGACCCCAAGGUUGGGGUUCAACCUUUUUUUUAUAUAUAUUACAUAUCUCAAGACAUAAAGAAGCGUGGCUGAGAUUGAGCAAAGCUGGCAUAUGGCAACGCAAAUGGCCACCCUCUUCCGGGCUCUUCUUCUUCUGUUCACUCUUUCAGAUUCAUUUGGCAGAAUUUGCUGUCUCGGAGUUGGAAUCAAUUAUGGCCAGAUUGCGAAUAAUCUUCCCUCACCAUCCCGUGUUGCAUAUCUCCUUAGAUCUCUCAACAUAAGUAGAGUUAAACUUUAUGAUGCUGAUCCAAACGUAUUAAGUUCAUUUGCCAAUUCUGAGGUGGAAUUCGUCAUUGGGCUCGGGAACGAGUAUCUUGAGAAGAUGAAAGAUCCAGUUCAAGCUCAAUCUUGGAUUCAACAGCAUGUUCAACCUUACAUUUCCCAGACUAAGAUCACGUGUAUCACUGUCGGGAACGAGAUUCUAACAGGCAACGAUACUCAGUUAAUGUCUAAUCUCUUCCCGGCAAUGCAGACGAUCUAUGGGGCACUUAGCAAUCUCGGGCUGAGCAAGGAGGUGUAUGUGACAACUGCUCAUUCAAUUGGAAUCUUGGGUAAUUCCUUCCCACCUUCCGCAGGCACAUUCCUACCGGAUCUUGCUGAGUACAUCCAGCUUAUAAUCAAUUUCCAUUCACAGACUAAAUCACCGUUCCUUAUAAAUGCCUAUCCCUUUUUUGCGUACAAAGAUAAUCCUGGUCAGGUUUCACUUGAGUACGUUCUUUUCCAGCCUAAUCCAGGCACAAUGGAUCCAAUUACCAAUUUGAAAUAUGAUAACAUGUUAUAUGCACAAAUUGAUGCUGUUUACUCAGCAAUAAAAGCAAUGGGCCGUACUGAUGUACAAGUUAAAAUUUCAGAGACGGGAUGGCCGUCAAAGGGGGAUCCGAAUGAGGUAGGAGCAACACCACAGAAUGCUAAAUUAUAUAAUAGUAACCUUCUGAGCCGGCUGCAGCAAAACGAAGGUACUCCAGCAAAUCCAUCGGUGCCAGUCGAAGUCUAUGUUUUUGCACUUUUUAACGAGAACCUAAAGCCUGGUCCAGCUUCUGAGAGAAAUUAUGGACUCUAUUAUCCUGAUGGUACUCCAGUUUAUGAUAUUGGGAUACGAGGCUUUCUUCCACGCAUGGCUUAUGCAGCUUCCUGGAAAAACGAAUUAUCUUUCUUUGUUCUUUUUCUUUCCCUAGCUUCCUUGAUAUGUACUUUAUAACAAAGGGAUUCCUACAUUGAUUGGAAGGGAGGGAAUUGACGAAGAGAAGAUGACGAGCACUAAAUUUCCCUUAACUUUUGUUUUCGGUGUAUUCUCGGGGAGAUUUUAGUGCAAGUUAACGAGGAUAAGAUUUAUGGACGGACAGACAUUCAUAAAACGACGACCACCAAAUUUCAUCCCUGCUGACAUUAUACCGAAGGGAUAUGAUUUGCCUGAUCAGUGGAUCAACAUUCUUGAACAGGAAAAAUCAAACUUUGCCAUGAUGUUUUCAUUUGAACAUGUUUCAUGUUGUGUGAACUUGAAAAAAUGGCUGCUAAAAAUACACCAAGUUUUGUCUGGUUUGGUAGGCUAUCACUUUAAUAAUUGUCAAAGACAGAUUAUAGCAGGCACAGCCUUUGCAAUUUGCAUUAAUAUACGAAGGGAAAAGAUUAGUCCAGCCACUAUAUAGGAAUAUGACAGUUUUCCUUCAUUAUUCAUUUGUAAUUAUAUUGAUAUUUAAUCUUUUAUGUUUGUAU